AUGAAGCAGUGGCCACUGCCUCGUGAACAGGUCACAGCGAUCGACAAGUUCUUUGCCGAUCGCUUAGCGGAUGGUCAUGUGCGGGAACCAACUUCCCCACAUAGCUCUCCAACCUUCUGUGUGCGAAAAGCAACAGGAGGGUGGUGGAUAGUGCAUGUAUUUAACAAGUUGAAUGAUGCAACGGUACCGGCUCAGACGCCGAUACCGAGGAAAGACGUGGUCAUCGAUGGUGUGUCAAAGAGUACCAUCUUUUCGUCCAUGUAUCUGACGGAUAGAUUCUAUCAGAUCCGCAUGCGUGGACGGGACAUGCCGUACAAAGCAGUGAGCACCCCCAGUGGUAUGAUCUGGGGGUGGCUAGUGAUGCCACAGGGGCUAAGUAAAGCCCCUGCAACGGUCAACAGGUGUGAUACGAAUCUGUUGCGACUGGUGCGUGACUUCGCGCCGAGUUACUUUGACGAUGUCUUCGUCCAUAGCCGGGCUAUGGAUGGAAAGACGGACGUGGAGAUUCACAAUUUCCACUUCCAGAAGGUUCUUACACUUAGGCGAGAGCGUAAGUUUGUUCGCGAACCUCAAGAAGUGUUUAUUCGCAGCGAACGAAAUACUACUUCUUGGCUGCAUCGUGGGUAA